GUUUCAUCGAUUGGAGGACGCGAUGAUCGCUUUCACUUGUAAGUGAAAACGCUGACGGAUUUUUUUUAUGUUCGUGUGCUUUAAUGUGGGGUGAUUAAUUCGAAGUAAAUUGUCGGUUUUAGAUGGUGGACGACAAGUGAGGAUAUUAAUUGGAUUAUCUGUAACUGUAUGGGCUGAGCUUUCUUUUCCUGUAAAAUGUGGUAUAUGACUCUUUGCUAAUUUAGAAAAAAUAUGAAAGUCACUGUGAUCUAGUGAAAGUGAGAAAAGUCUGCUUGUAAAAUGUAGUAUUCAGCACUUUUGCAAUAAACUAUUUAACUACAUUUGUUAUCCAAACAUACAUUCAACCACCAAUUUCCUAUGAUUAUCGGGACGCUGGAAGUGAUGAAAUACCCAAAAGAAGCUUAUCUCUCUCGGCGUCGAUCAUUUCAGUUAUAGCUAAUUACCCAGUCCAAAAUUGUAAUCUACCAUUCGCAAAACAGAGCGAUUCCAUAGUAAUUAGGCUCCACUUCCUGAUGACUGAUAAAUGAAGAUACGAAUUGAUUGGUUCGUUCUGUUCUCAUUUUGACAUCUAGUCUCGGUCCAGAAGCGUGCCACGAUGGUUGGUGGAAGGCACUCGUUGUGGCUCUGCGCCCUUUUGAUCAUCGGCUACUCAGGCUGUGAUUCAUCGCCGGGAAAUUUGCGUUGGAGCUGGUGCAAGUUGUCUUCAGACAUGGAGAAAGAGCUCCACAACUUACUGAGCUUAACUUGAUGGAGACAAAGUCGACGAUCAGUUGGAAGGACCAUGCGGGGCUAUGGUCAACUGACCAACAGAGGUAAGCUGCAGGAGUAUCGACUAGGAGAAAUGCUGCGCAAACGGUACACAGAGUUUUUGAAUGGCACUUACAACCCCGAAAAUGUCUACGCCUACAGCUCAAACUUUGACCGAACGAAGAUAUCACUUCAGCUCGUACUUGCUUCGCUUUUCCCACCCACUCCAGAGCUAAUCUGGAAAAAGGAUCUGAACUGGAUGCCCAUACCGAUCCACUAUUUGCCAAAGAAGCUCGAUCCCUUCUUCUACUCGCACACCUGCCCCAAGUAUCAAUACUUGUAGAAACAACUCCUAGAGUCAAAGCGCUUUAAAACCUACUUCAAAAAGUACCAGAAUCUGUUCAUGUAUUUGAGAUCAUGGUAUCCUGAGAAACAGUUUGAUUUUAAACAGCUGUUCUUCCUCAACACCCUCAUUAAUAUUCAGGUACGAGUCCAGUGCCCUGGAUCAAACACUCGAUCUCUAAUCUCGUGCAAUUAAAUUUUCAAGAUUGUCCAAAAUGCGACUCUUUCGGACUGGUACAACCCACAUGUGCACCACGAAAUCACGAAGGGCGCUAAGAUCUGCAUCGACAGUUUGUCCAGUACACCGGCAUUGGCCAG